AUCCUUUUGCUCAGUAAUAACUUCGAUGGCCAUUUAAAGUCCUAUACAACUAGUAACUCCCUCAAACUAAUUUCUACAAGGUAAAUUAUAGAACUGUGAAUGGAUCCGGUUAAGCAAUCCUGCCGACUAUGUUUGGCACCUUCCUCGGAGCAGUAUGGUUCCAUCUCCGAUUCAGCAAUGCACUCCAAAUUGGACGUUGUAUUCAGAUUUGAGCUGCCUCUGGAGGAUUCGCUUUCCACUGUCGUUUGUUCCGAGUGCAGUGCCAAGAUCGAUGAGUUCUAUUCCUAUCAUGAGACUGUCCGGACCAACCAGAUCCGGCUGAAGACGUUUUCCAUGUCGGAUACCGAUAUGCUGCUGCUGGUGGAAGUUAAAGAAGAACCAGAGGGUGAACCAGUGGAACGGGCUGCUGAAGAUCGGAAUGGAGACGAUGCCUUUAAUGAUGACGAGCAUGAUUCAACAAAGUCUGACCUAGAUGAACUAGAUGCCAUUAAAAAAGGGGAAGAUCAGGAUGAGAAGGGCAAAAGGUCGAUGGAGGACAACUUGAAAAUCGAACAGUUUUUCAACGGUAUUCCUUGCAGCAUUUGUUCGACUGUAUCGCAAACUUUUGACGAACUCAAGGCGCAUAGUAGGAAGAAACACGGCAGAAAUGCCAGUGUCACGUGUUGCAAGCGGAAGUAUUUCAAGAAGUGCCUUCUGGUUCAACACAUAAACGCACAUCUCGACCCGAAACAUUUUUACUGCGAAUUGUGCAAAAAGAACUAUACCUCAAAGUAUUACUUGGAAGUGCACAUUGCAAAAGCCCAUGCCAAUCCGGAGGAGCAUCGCUACCAGUGUAACAAAUGUGGCAAGAAGUUCCCCAGGGAGUCACUGCUGACGGCCCAUCUCAAAACACAUGUUCAGGUAAAGUGCACCGUAUGUGAGCGAACGAUGGCCAACGCCUAUUCGCUGAAGAUUCACAUGCAAAAAAUGCACAGUGAGGGGCCACGGAAAAGUGUCCCGGUUCAUAUAUGUGAUACGUGUGGCCGCUCAUACCACCAGAAGCAAACCCUCGAGAGGCACAUCAAUAUGCAGCACCUGGGCAUCAAGGAUAUCGAUCGAAUCCAGUGUACGGUGUGUGAUAAAUGGGUCAACAGCAAGCACUAUCUCAGAAUUCACACUCGGAUUGCCCAUAGUGGCGAAAACCUGCAGGUAACGUGUGCCAUUUGCCACCAGGUUUAUCCGAACAAUCGUGCCUUAGCGACCCACAAGCACAAGGUGCACACAGAACGGAACCUGGAGUGUGAAAUUUGCGGCAAAAAGUUCAAGCUGCCGAAGCACCUGAAGGAGCACCGGGCCGCGCACAUGGGUCAACGAUUGUACUCGUGCACCGUGUGUGACUACACUUCGAACUACAAUGGCAAUCUGUACGGUCACAUGAAGAAUAAACAUCCAACCGAGUGGGCCCAAGUGAAGGCCAGUGGGGGGGCUCUGUUGGCCGAGCACACCGAACCAGUGGGAGCGGAGGUAGAUUGAAAUGAAAGAUG